UCCUCUGCGCGCGGCGCCCUGUGGGAUACCAAGGCCAGAGGGCGGUGUACUGCGGCGCUCCCGAGGAUACGAACUUCAAUUCCCACAAGGCUAUGCGGCCGAGCGCCUCGGGCGGCCUUCAGAGGGUCUCUGCUGCCUUCGGCCGCAGUGGGGUCUCUCCCCGCCGGUCGUGGUAGUGUCCUGGCCUGGCUGGAGGGGCGGCCCCGUGGGGGUCGUGCCUCCUGGAGUCGCCCCCGGGACGUCAGUCCUGGAGGAGGCGAGGGUUGUCCCAAUUGUUGAGAGGACUAUGAGCAAGUUGGAGAACUCGCUGUUCACUGGUUCCUCCUUAGCAUCCCAGAUCCAUGCUGCUGCAGUUAAUGGAGAUAAGAGUGCUCUGCAGAGGCUCGUCACAGGAAACCCUGCUCUUAAAGACAAAGAAGAUCAAUUUGGCAGAACACCACUUAUGUAUUGUGUGUUGGCUGACAGACUGGAUUGUGCAGAUGCUCUUUUGAAGGCAGGGGCAGAUGUCAACAAAACUGACCAUAGCAAGAGAACUGCCCUCCACCUUGCAGCUCAAAAGGGAAAUUAUCGUUUCAUGAAACUCUUACUUACACGAAGAGCAAAUUGGAUGCAAAAGGAUCUAGAAGAGAUGACUCCUCUACACUUGACCACCCGACACAAGAGCCCUAAAUGUUUGGCUCUUCUACUGAAGUUUAUGGCACCAGGCGAGGUGGAUACCCAGGAUAAAAACAAGCAAACAGCUCUGCAUUGGAGUGCCUACUACAAUAACCCUGAGCAUGUGAAACUGCUCAUCAAGCAUGACUCCAACAUUGGGAUUCCGGACGUGGAAGGCAAGAUCCCACUGCACUGGGCAACCAACCAUAAAGACCCAAGCGCUGUUCACACCGUCAGAUGCAUACUGGAUGCUGCUCCAACAGAGUCUUUACUGAACUGGCAAGACUAUGAGGGCCGGACACCUCUUCACUUCGCAGUUGCUGAUGGAAAUGUGACAGUGGUUGACCUCUUGACCUCCUAUGAAAGCUGCAAUAUAACAUCUUAUGAUAAUUUGUUUCGAACCCCACUUCACUGGGCAGCUUUGUUAGGCCAUGCACAGAUUGUCCAUCUCCUUUUAGAAAGAAAUAAGUCUGGAACUAUCCCAUCUGACAGCCAAGGUGCAACACCCCUGCAUUAUGCAGCUCAGAGUAACUUUGCUGAAACAGUUGAAGUGUUUUUAAAACAUCCUUCAGUGAAAGAUGAUUCAGACCUUGAAGGAAGAACAUCUUUUAUGUGGGCAGCUGGGAAAGGCAGUGAUGAUGUCCUUAGGACCAUGCUGAGUUUAAAAUCUGACAUUGAUAUUAACAUGACAGACAAAUAUGGAGGCACAGCCUUACACGCAGCUGCCCUUUCCGGCCACGUCAGCACCGUGAAGUUAUUAUUGGAAAACAAUGCUCAAGUAGAUGCUGUUGAUGUCAUGAAACAUACUCCACUUUUCCGAGCCUGUGAGAUGGGACACAAGGAUGUGAUUCAGACACUUAUCAAAGGCGGUGCAAGAGUAGACCUGGUUGAUCAAGAUGGGCAUUCACUUUUACAUUGGGCAGCACUAGGUGGCAAUGCUGACGUUUGCCAGAUAUUGAUAGAAAACAAGAUCAAUCCAAAUGUGCAAGAUUAUGCAGGAAGAACCCCAUUGCAGUGUGCUGCAUAUGGAGGAUACAUUAACUGCAUGGCAGUGCUCAUGGAAAAUAACGCAGACCCUAAUAUUCAAGACAAAGAGGGAAGAACAGCUUUGCAUUGGUCCUGUAACAACGGGUACCUUGAUGCCAUUAAGUUGCUGCUAGACUUUGCUGCUUUCCCUAAUCAGAUGGAAAACAACGAAGAGAGGUACACGCCACUUGACUAUGCUUUGCUAGGUGAGCGCCAUGAAGUCAUUCAAUUCAUGUUGGAACGUGGUGCCCUGUCCAUUGCAGCCAUACAAGACAUUGCUGCCUUCAAAAUUCAAGCUGUAUAUAAAGGGUACAAAGUCAGAAAGGCCUUCAGAGACCGGAAAAAUCUCCUCAUGAAGCACGAACAGUUGAGAAAAGAUGCUGCAGCCAAAAAGCGGGAAGAAGAAAACAAGCGAAAAGAGGCUGAACAACAAAAAGGACGGCUGAGCCCGGACUCCAGCAGACCUCAAGCCCCUCCUGGCCCGCCCCAAGAUGAGCUCAGCUGGCAGAGCCUGACCCCCAGCAAACAGCUUCCUGUUGGCAACAUGGUCCAGGUCCCUGAGCCAGGAGGCUGCAGAGGGUCUCCAAGAGGGUCUCUGGGCAGAGGCCCUCAGAAGGAGCCAUGUGUUUCAGACUGGCAAGGGACAGACUCCAGAGAGCCAAACGAAAUAGCCAAGGAGCAUUCCAAAGGCCGAUCUGCCGGUGUCCACUUCCGGCCCAGGACAGGCAACGAGGGGAGCAGGUGUCCCAGAGUGCCAUCUGCCGAGAAGCCCAGGGGCGAGUCAGGCAGCGAGCAGCGGUGUGAGAAGGGGAGAGGCCUUCCAAAGCAGCCACCCUCCACCAGGCCGCCUGGUGAGAGAGGGGAGGACACCAGUCGUGCGGCUGUGAGCUGCCCGCAGCACGAAGGCCACAGGAAGCCCAGCCAGCAGCAAGACAUGCCACCCAAAGCCAAAGGUGUCCCCCAAAAAAGGCACAUACAAGAAGUCAGAGGUAGAAGGUGCUCCCCUGCUGGUUCCAGCCGGCCUGGCAGUGCCAGGGAGGUAGGGAUGCAUACCGGGCCGAAUCCUCUCCAUCAUCGCAUGCCACGAAACAGAGCUGCCCACGACAAGCCCACAGGAGACAAUUCAGACCUGCCACCGAGCACAGAGGAGCUGCAGCCCCAAGCCAGGGAGCUGCGGACAGCCACCCCAUCUGGAAACGUUCUGGUGUCUAAGGAGACUCAACCUGCAGCUCUGGCCGUCACUGCGCAGAGUGUGAACAUUGACCUUCUGCCCGUAGAGCUCCGGCUGCAGAUAAUCCAGAGAGAAAGGAAUCGGAAGGAGCUGUUUCGCAGGAAGAACAAGGCAGCCACGGUCAUCCAGCGUGCCUGGCGAAGGUACCAGGUGAGGAAGCACUUGUCCCACCUUCUGCACGUGAAGCAGCUUGAAGCCAGUGAUAAGGACAGAUGGAGCCAGGAGUGCGUGGCACUGCUCCUCCACGUCUGGCGAAAAGAACCAGAAGUAAUGCUCCUGAAGACCACUGCUGCAAGCAAGACCCCCAAGAUCCCACCCAGGGGCAACCCACGCACCAGGGCCACCAAGCACUCGGUGCUCCAGCAGAUCUAUGGUCCUUCUCAAGAAGGGAGAGUCCGCCACCCCCCAAGACCUUGCAGAGCCCCUCCUGUGCUGCACCUCAAUUCAGUGAGCAACUUGCAGUGUGUACAUCUUGGGAACAGUGGAAGAUCAAAAAACUUUUCUUAUAACCUGAAACCUGCCACUCAAUCCAAAAAGCACACAACCACCAAUUUGCCCACCUGUGGGGGAAGACACUGUUCAGGGGAGCUGGCUUAGCAAAUGUGGAAUUCUCAUUCUCCAGUCAUCUUGCACGUCCUGGAAAAACCUUCUCACACAUCGGAAGCCUGAUGAGCCUGCA